GUAACGCCCUUUUCAUUUUCUUUUGUUUACCGAAUUCUCUCUCUCUCUCUCUCUCUGCCGUUCCUUUCUCUCUCUACUUUUUCUCUCUCUAACAGAGAACAGCGUGGUAAUGGCGACCUCCGCUCUCCCACUGAUCCUCCUCCUCUCUCUCCUCGCCGCCACCGCUUCCGCCCGCCCCUGCAAAACCCUCUUCUAUUUCUCAGCCACCACCACCACCACCUAUUACCCUUACAAUUCCCUCUCCCGUAACCCUAACCCUAACCCUAACCCCAAUUCCAUCAUCCGCGACCAAAACCCCCGCUACAUCACUCUCAUCUUCACCUCCACCUCCACCUCCACCACCCCCAUCUCCGAUCGCCGCCCUUACAUCAGCAUCGACUCCGACCCCGCCUUCUACGACGAUUCCCAAUCGUCGUCCACGAUGACGUCAUCCGAAUUCCCCCUCAAAUUCUAUUCCUCCGUCUCGAGCUCGAUCCGCGACCGCACGAAGGACAUCAUGAGCGUGGUCGGAGCCCUUCUCUUCGGCGUGGGGUGCGGGGCCCUCACGGCGGCCGUCAUGUACUUUUUGUGGGCCCUCUUCACCCCCAGCCGCUUUGACUUCGUCGAUGGCUCUUCCUCUUCCGACGAUGAAGACGACGACGACGAAAUUGCUGCCGCCAAGAAGAAGUUGGGCUACGUGGCAAUCCCCAAGGUUGUUGACGGUGAUGUCAAGAAAUACGCACCACCGGCACCCGCCAAGGAGGUGGUUUGAUCGCCCAAUUUCUAUAUAUUAGCGUUUCUGUGAAUUUGGUAAACCCUAAAGAAGGGAAGUUUGAUUUACUUUUUUUAAGGAUCUGUGUUUAUAUUGUACUAUUGAUGCUACUACAUGUUGUGAAUUCGUAUCGUGAUCCACUGUGUUGGCUCUAUAUUUCGCAUUGGUUAAUUAAUAUUGUGUUUUUUUUCUUCUUUUCUUUGAAAAUAAAAUGCUUAGUGUGAAGCUA